ACUCCGUCUACGCCGUCGAAGAAGGACGAGUCGUCAAGCCAUCGAUUGACGCCUCAGUCUGCUACAGCCCAUGGACCUCGAUCACCUCGAAGGGACUCCGGCCGACACAGCCCAGGCCCGCGUGUAGGGAAGGACUGCCUCGACGCUUCCGAUGAGUCUGCAAUCGACGACGAUGACUAUGAUCGCCGUUACAAUGACAAAAAAUCUCUCUCGGGCAAUGGCAAGAGAAUGGCCGAGUUGAACGAGCCCAAGGGCCCUCGGAGCUCUGUCGUCGACUUCGCUACUCUGCCUGCUGGCAAUGCGCCUCCAAUCAGACGAGCACACCUGGAUGCCAGGAGAAUGACUGACACGCAGAAUACUCUUCCAACGUUGGGUCGGCUCAACAUCGACAAGUCGCGAAAACCAACGCCCUUGAUGGCAUCUACAUCUCUCAGUGAAGCACACGAAAUGCCUGUGCAAGCCUCAGCAACGCUCGAUCCAAGAUCUGCUGAACGCUUCUACCCGCGCUCUCGUGAUCGGAGCUAUUCGUCGUCACGACCAGUAUCCCGAGAAGGAUCUGUGGCCAAUGACACGCCUCUUUCGCGCUCGCCGAGGAUGAGCGCAGAGUUCCCGCCCAGUACGAGUAUCAACGCUUCGAAACCUCCUUCGGAAAAUACGUCGCGGCCUUCCUCACCGUCUCCUCUAACGCCUGCUGCUGAUUCGCCACGUCUUCCGAGGACCGAUCUUGAUUGGAGCACGCUUCUGGCGAACAAUGCCGCAAGGCGAAGCAUGCCUCCUUCGAGACUUGGUUCUGCUGUCUCUCAGGAGCCUACGCCGACAUCAAGCUCAUCACGAAGGACCACUCCAAGGGAGACUCCGCCCAAUCUCACACCGAGCCAGUCAUCCAACACGCUGCCAUAUCCGGAAGACAACAGCCUGAUGGGGUCGAGCAUCGCCAUGCCAGACGAUCGUCAGCACGCCUACUACCCUCCAAAGAAUCCUAUGCUUGCGCCAUCCUCCAUGACCGAUGUUCCGCGAGACUCUUCGCCGGCACCCAGCAUAUCAUCACAAUCCUCUGCCAAGCUCCCUAUCAGACCGACUUUCAAUCGUGGCUAUUCUGCUGCUGAUGCUUCACCUGCAGUCGCAGCAGACACUAGACCACGGUUUACAGCAAACAGUCGCACAGCCUCUUUCGCCACCACAUCUCAGACCAAGAAGGAACUUGCAGUCCUGGUCAAGAAAGGAUUGCCUCCUUGUCCAAGACAGGAACCAGCGGCUGACAAACACGAUUGGUAUACCAUCAUCGGCCACACAAAUAUCGAUUUCUGUCCCGACUGCAUUGAUACCCUCUUCGAACGUACGGUAUUCCGGCCUUUGUUCAGACGAUCACUUCCACGCAACGACUUUGAGAAAGUGCGAUGCGCUUUUGGAUCGCCGUGGAUAAGACUUGCUUGGCUCCUUACCCUGCAGCAACAAAGAACCGACUUGACGCUUUUGCAGGAUGUUGCCGAUAUCGAGGAGAGCAGCACACCGUGCCCAGGAGGUACCGAGUCGGUUCAGAAUUGGUAUGGCCUGCGUGACCCCGAUGGACUUUUCGUCCGCGACUUCCAUCUCUGCUAUGGUGACGUUCGCAAGAUUGAGUGUCUGCUUCCAACGCUUUCUGGUGUCUUCGUCCGACUGCCUGCCAGAGCAUCCUAUACGAAGAGUGUCUGCGCCAUACGCACGGACAGCACAAGAUUCUCCACGUAUCUAGAUGCGUUGGUGUCUUCACACGAGAAAGCAUUGCAGGCACGAAAGAACGCAGAUCCAAUGCCCCUCAUCGAGCUGGUCGAGCGCAAGACACGUCUACGUGAAUGCACAAGGGACAAUGUGCUCGUCAAUGCCCUCUGGCAUUACAUCCCUGAUCUUGCACCCGCCAUGACCGUGUGCGAAGAUUGCUUCGAGGCAGUUGUGGAACGCGAGAUCAGAAAAAACAAGUCUCUGGCCAAGAAAUUCCAACGCACGUUGCAACCCGUCUACAACGAAGGCAUGGGAUGCAGUUGCCAGCUUUAUUCCCCGUAUAUGCGAAAAGUCUUCCAGCGAGCCGUGGAGGAUAACGAUUUCAAGUAUUUGGUCCGGAAAGCUAAGGAGAGGCGUGAGGCGGAGUUGCGAUUGCAGGAUCGUUUCAAGGCGGUGAUGAGUAAGGCGAGGAGGUUGUCUCAGGAAGGCCAUAUUGAUGAAGAGGAUGAGAGGCGGUUGAAUCGGGAGUUGGAGAAGAUUUCGAGUGAGUGGAAGGAGAGGUGGGAGUGAGUAGUGGUUGAUGUGAUAGAUUUCUGAUGAUUAUGAAAAUGAAGGGGUUGGGAAG